CGGCGCAGGAAGGCGGAGCUCUCGCUCUUUUUGCGAUGGAAUCAAACAGGGACGAAGCGGAGCAUUGCAUCGAGAUUGCUGAGGCAGCUUUCCGGAAUGGUCAGCAAGAGAAAGCGAAGCGGUUCUUAGAAAAGGCUCAGAGGCUGUUUCCGACGCAAAGAGCGCAAGCCUUACUGGAGUCAAUCACACAAAAUGGCCAGCCAUUCAGUGGAGACCAUUGUUCAAAACCUACUGAAUCUGCGGGUACCAAACAGAGGAAAACUGGAAGUACGGUCAAUUCAGGAGCUGGGGAAGGAACUGGUGAUACUGGAAAAUCAUAUACAUCAGAGCAGCUUGAUGCUGUCAAAAGGAUAAAGCAGUGUAAGGACUACUAUGAGAUUCUUGGAGUUAGCAGGGAUGCAUCGGAUGAAGAUCUGAAAAAGGCUUAUAGAAAAUUGGCAUUAAAGUUUCAUCCUGAUAAAAACCAUGCACCUGGGGCUACAGAGGCAUUUAAAGCUAUUGGUAAUGCUUACGCUGUGCUGAGUAAUUCAGAAAAACGAAAACAAUAUGACCAGUUUGGUGAAGAAAAAGGUCACAGGCAUGGACAUUCACAUACAGACUUUCACAGAGGCUUUGAAGCUGACAUCUCACCCGAAGAUCUUUUCAACAUGUUUUUUGGAGGUGGCUUUCCAUCAAGCAACGUUCAUGUGUACAGUAAUGGACGAAUGCGAUACACUUACCAGAGACCAGAGAGGAGAGAGCAGCAAGGGGAUGGAGGUCUUGCUCUUUUUGUACAGUUGAUGCCAAUAUUGAUCCUCAUUAUAGUUUCAGCUCUAAGCCAGAUGAUGGUCUCUAGUCCACCCUACAGUCUCAGUCAAAGACCGUCAGUAGGUCACACUCAUAGACGAGUAACAGAGAUCUUGAAGGUGCCUUACUAUGUGACAGAAAAGUUUAAUGAGGAGUAUACUGGGGUUAAUCUGAAAAAUGUGGAAAAAAAUGUAGAAGAUGAUUAUAUAUCAAAUCUCAGAAACAACUGUUGGAAGGAAAAACAACAAAAGGAUGGUUUACUAUACAGAGCUCGUUAUUUUGGGGAUUCAGAACUUUACCAAAGGGCACAGAAGAUGGGUACUCCUAGUUGCACCAGACUUUCAGAGGUUCAAGCUUCAUUGAAUGGUUAAAAAAGGCAAGCAAAACAGAAGGACCCCACUGCCACAAAGACAAGUCAUUCUACAGUUGAAGAGGAAAGCAAGGUGUUUUGAAUUCAGAAACAAUUCACUACAAAAGAAAUGAAAAAAAGAUUGCCUUCACUGAAAGUGGACUAGAGAAAAGAACAAAUCUUUUGAAAAUCCAUUAAACAAUCUUCCUGGUUUUUAAGCGUCACACUUCUAAUCAGUCCGAGACUUUCCUGAGGACUUGUGAGCAGAGAAACGGAAAUCUUGGAAAUGCCUACAAAUGAUUUGCACUGAUGUGACAUACAAAAUAAAAUCCUAAGCUUUAAAAAGAAAAAAAAGAGAGAAAUAUUUGAAAGAAGAAAUUAAUUUAUUAUGGCAAAACAGAUGUUUUUGAAUGGUCAUUGUUUUUUUUGUCUGAGAAAAUGCCAGUGAAUCCUUCGAUCAUGCAUACAGUUUGCUAAGAAUUGCUUCUUCAUUACUUUACACCUUUACAAAGGUAAAAAAGAAUGUGAGACUAAAUAAUUGUAGAUAUUUUCUUAGCCAACCACUGACUGUGCCAGUCAAAGACGUUACUGUUUCAUCUAAUAUAUAGUUUAUAUUUGUAUAUAUGUUCUACUUUUAACUAUGCAGGGACUACAUUAAAUUAUUUAGCUUCUUCCAUUCUGAUUUAAUAAAUUGUAAUAUGUGACUUUGCCUGUGUUGAUUAAAAUAUGUCAACUUACAUUAAAACAU